ACUCGUUUUGACCAUACGUGAAUUUCAUCUUGAAACGCUUCAUUAAUUGCGCACAAAAUUUGAGAAGAACAACAGUUAAACUAUUCAAAAUCGGAUUGGAUAGUCGCAUUCCCUUGAAAGAUUCGUUUUUGGCAUCAUUGCUGCGGCAUAAAAAAAAAUAGGAUGGUGAACGACAGAGAAACGCAGGAUGCGCCUGCGCAAGUUUUUUUGAAAUAUCGAAUUGCGAAAUCUGAAAAACUUGGAAGGUACAUGAUAGCCGAGAAAGAUUUGGUUGCUGGAGAAGUAAUUCUUCGCGAAAGUCCAGUGAGUGUUGGUCCAACUGCUUUCUUCGAAGGUUCACUUUGCUUUAAUUGUCACAAACCAAUCAUGCAACCAGAGUUGAAACGUUACAAUUGUACAAAGUGUAAGGUUGCUCCACUCUGCCAACCUGCUUGCGAGCUCGUUCCAGGGUAUCACAAAAACGCCGAAUGUUCACUUUUUCGCUCAAAUCAAUUGUAUUCGUCCAAAAUCUCGGAUCAUUCGACUGUAUUGCUGCCGCUACGUCUCUGGCUUCUCAGGCAAACUGAGACAGAAUUAUGGAAACAUAUUGACCUGAUGGAAGAUCACGUGAAAGAAAGAAGGGGAACCCAUAUUUGGAGUAUUAGAGAACAGACUGUUGUUCAAGUUUUGCAUAAACUUCGAUUGGUGCCGGACGAUAGUGAAACUUCAGAAUUGAUGCAACGAAUAUGUGGGAUUUUAGACGUGAACAGUUUCGAAUUGAGGCCCUCGGGCGAAUCAGAAUUAGAAGGCCACCUUUUGAGAGGGCUUUACACAAAAGCUGCACUCAUGGCUCAUAACUGCCGAGGCAACACGCACCUCACAGUAGACGAACGCGAUGAGCUGGCAAUUUACGCCAGUGUAGACAUCAAGAAAGGGGCAACUAUUUAUUUCAAUUAUACAGGUUCUUUACUGGGCAGUGCAAAGCGGCGUGAGAAUCUUCGAGAAGGGAAAUACUUCGAGUGUGAAUGUACAUUAUGUAGGGAUCCUUUUGAGUUAAAGUCCAACUUGAGUUCAUUGAUUUGUCCUCGAUGUCGUCAGGGAUACGUUGGGAUUCAAAAUCCUUUAACGUCGAAUCCGUAUGGUCUUAAAACAAAAUGGCAAUGCGAACGAUGCAAAUCACUCCUCAGCGGCAAAAUGAUCAAGACCACGUUGAAUUUAACACGUUCUCUCAUUGAGAAUACUGAAAACUUCGAUACAAAGGCACUUGAAUCUUUGCUAACGAAAUUAUUACUCACCGUUCACACGAAUCAUUACUUAGCCUUGGAUUUGAAGGAAAAAUUACUGGUCAACUACAGAAAAGAGAUGUCAGCCAUUAACCCGCGAAAAAAGAUUUUGGAACGCAUACUGAACCUUCACAGAGAAGGUCUGGCCGUUCUCGAUAUUGUCGAACCAGGGAUUUCACGUCAAAAAGGAAUACGGCUGUACGAAAUGCAUUUGGCAACAGCAUUGAUAGCAAAAAAGAAUUACGCCGCACGUGAAAUAUCACCGUUAGAAUUGUCGUUACAAUUGAAGGAAGCUCAAAAUCUACUGCGAAAGGCGUUGUCAAAUCUACUUUUGGAACCAACUGGGACGCCCGAAGGCCGAUUAGCAAAGCUUGCCUUACAGCAAAUGAAACUUUUACGGGAAAAUAUGACCGAUGCCAACGCUCUAGCUACACCAGGACAAAAGCCGAAGACACAGACCAUGAAACACUGAUCUUUGUGUAUAGUAGAGAUAAAUUUCAAGAGAGCAAUCAGUUUUAUUCGACCAUAAUUGACAGUAUUGACGGAAGCAGGACAUAGGUUGUUAAUUGUGCUUCGAUCUAAAUGUUAUACGAAUAUACUAGAAUGUACAAUCAAUUCGCAUUUCUAAAAUUAUAUCAAAGCAUCGAAAACAGCGUGCCAAAAGUUUAACUUUCAUUUUAUAACAUUAAAUCAGUUUAGAAUAA